UUGACAUCAUCCCUUUGCGAGCAUUCGACGGAUCGCGCCUGUUUGUGACGCGGUGACGUGUCCGGUCAUUGUUGGCGAGUAACGUGGUGGAUGAUAAAAUGUUUCGGAGGAAACUGUCGGCUCUCGAGUAUCAUAAUAGCGGCGUGUUUGACUGUAAAGAUGAGGUGGAAUUUAGAAAUUUAAUUGUGUGGCUUGAAGAUCAGAAGGUAAGACAUUAUAAGAUCGAAGAGAGAGGCAACCUUAGAAAUGUGCACAGUAAUGAAUGGCCAAAGCACUUUGAAAAGUAUCUGGCAGAUGUAAAUUGCCCAUUCAAGGCUCAGGAAAGACAGGAAAAUGUUGACUGGCUUCUGGGCUUGGCUGUGAGACUUGAAUACUCGGAUAAUGUGGAUAAAUACAAGAAUUGUACAGCAGAAAGUGUAAGAAAUGAUGCUACUAAAGGUACCGAUCCACUUAUUAAUCUGGAUGUUAACAACCCUGACUUUAAGGCUGGUGUGAUGGCAUUGGCUAACCUUUUGCAAAUCCAGCGCCAUGAUGACUAUCUGGUAAUGUUGAAGGCUAUUCGCAUUUUGGUACAAGAGCGAUUAAGCCCGGAGGCCAUUGCAAAAGCAAACCGAUCAAAAGAGGGCUUAACUGUAUCUCUAGAAAAGCAUUUACUUGGCUUUGAUACUGGAGAUGCCACCUUGAAUGAGGCUGCAAGAGUCCUGCGGCUGCUGCAUAUAGAGGAACUACGAGACCUUCAGACCAAGAUUAAUGAAGCUAUUGUAGCUGUUCAGUCAAUAAUAGCUGAUCCCAGAACCGAUCACAGGCUGGGAAAGGUUGGAAGAUGAUCAAAAGAUGAAAAUAGUUGGCAAUUUGCACUGUGUCAUUUUUAUUUUGAAACUGUAGACUUAAGUUGUUGAAAAAAGGAAGCUAACUUUUGAGCCUAGGUGAUUAAGGAAACUGACAGUGGUAAACAAUUCACUAACAUAAGAAUAUGAAAACUUGCAAGAUUUGUUUUUUGAGUUUAUUGUUAAAUUGGAAUGAAGUUACAACAGUGUGGUUACAAGAAUAUUGUCUAGUUACACGCAUUCCAAGUGAUGUAUAUGCUUUUCAAUAAAACAUUGAAAAAGUACAAAAUUAAACUGUUCAGGUUGUGUUAAAAUUAUAGUUUACGUCUUGCAAGAAAAAAAACUUGCAUGGAACAACACUAAAAUGUAUGCUGUAAAAUGAAACAAAUACGAAAAUGUUUGAGUGUGUUCCUUUAUUAAAUGUUUAUUGAUACAUAAAA